AUGGUAAAUCUAAUCGGCCCGGAUGGCUUCGAUGUAUAUCAAACGUUCACAUUCGACGAAGACAGUGAGCGCGAUGACGUCGCGGUAUUGAUGAAAAAGUUUGAUAAUUAUUUUGGAACAAAGCCGAAUGUAACGUUAAUGAGAUACAAGUUUUUUACGCGUAACCAAGAUGAAGGGGAAUCUAUACAACAAUACGUCACCGCCCUGCGUCUUCUGAGCAAAACAUGUGAGUUCACCACCCUGGAAGAGGAGUUGAUCAGGGAUAGAAUCGUCUGUGGAAUUCGACAUUCCACUGUCAGGGACAGACUGUUGCGAUGCGAUGACCUCAACCUAGAUAAGGUCAUAAAAAUUUGCCAAGCGGAGGAGGUGUCCCAGGAGAGCUGCCGUCAGAUAGGGUCGAGUGGUGACACGGCGCGCGUGGACGCGGUGUCGGCGCGCGGUCGCGGGCGAUCGGCGGCGCGCGGCUGGCCGCGGCGGGCGGCGAGCGGCGCGGCGCGCGGAAUCAACCGCAGGGGGCCGGCCGCGGAUGCGCUUGCGCCGCGGGCCGCGCGGUCUCCGUGCCGCGCUUGUGGCUCUGCGCGGUGCAGCGACAGCGAGUGCCCCGCGCAACGAGUCAGCUGUUACGUUUGCGGUAAUCAUGGACACUUCGCGCGCAUGUUGAACCGGAAAAUGAUAUAUAUAUAUAUAUGGUUUCAAAUAUUAACGUGCGAAAAUGGACAUGAAAAUUUUAAAUUGGACUCGGGGGCCGAUUGUAACAUAAUAUCCUAUAGUACAUUUUUAAAAUUAGGUUUCGAUCCGAACAUAAUUGUAAAAAAGAAUAUAUCUUUAUUAUCAUACACGCAUGACACGAUUCCAUUAAAAGGAAUCUGUACUAUACCUUGGUAUUAUAAAAAUAUUAUUUAUAAUCUCAAAUUUGCUGUAGCGGACAUAGAAUGUAGCAGCGUGCUGGGACGGAACUCUUGCGAGGAGUUAGGGCUAAUCAAGCGUAUAAUGUCUAUUGAACUAUCCAACUAUAAUGACUUAUUUAAAGGUUUAGGGUGUUUGCCCGGAAAGUAUCACAUAGUAACUGAUAGCUCGGUUCCACCUGUCAUAUGUGCGUCGAGGAAAAUUCCUCAUGGGUUACGCGAUCGCUUAGCACAGGAGCUUAAUAAAAUGGUAGAUUUAGGGGUCAUCAGGAAGGUGAAUCAUCCAACUCAAUGGGAUCAGGUACUUAUACCUAAAGAAUUAAGAGAAGAAAUGUUAAAAAUAGUUCAUGAAGGGCAUCUAGGUAUAGAUCGGUGCAAGCGGCGCGCGAGGCAAGUAAUGUUUUGGCCGAGUAUGUCACGUGACAUAGAGCAGUUUGUAAAGCGAUGUCACACCUGUCAGGAGCACUCAAACAGACCUGCUAAGGAGCCAUUGCUUCCUAUGGAGAUUCCAGCUCUGCCGUGGGAAAAGGUCGGCUCAGAUAUAUUUGAAUUUAAUCGCGAAUAUACUAUUAAAAUGAUUUUAAAGAAAUCUAUUAAAAGUAACGGAGAUUUUGAUUUAGCUCUUCUUAACUAUAGAAAUACACCUAGGGAUGGGUUGAGUUCUCCUGCGCAGUUGCUGAUGGGUCGCAGGUUGCGUUGUCAAUUGCCAGUACAUGAAAAUCUGUUAAAACCAAAACCUGUCGAUCCUUCUGAGUACCAAACUAUGUUACAUAAACAAAAUAACAAUAAAAUGUACUAUGAUCAGCACAGUAAAACUCUUCCUAUGUUAAGAGAAGGUGACUCAGUAAUCUGUAUAGAUGGAAAGAUUAGGAGCAGAGGAAAGAUAGUGGGGCGCGCUGACACUCCUCGUUCUUACAUUGUCAAAAAUAGUGUCGGUGCCAGGUAUAGGCGAAAUCGCCGUCACUUGAUUAGGUGUGAAAGUGAUCCACAAGCAAUGCAUAGUGACCAUGGUAAAGACGAACAAUUUAACGAUGCGUGUGAGUAUUCAUGUACUAGCAGUGAUGAGGCUUCGAAUCUUAAUAGUGAACAGCUCAUCCGCAAAGCUAAAGCAGUGGCUAUUCAACGCCUACGGAAAAAAUUGUAA